AAUGCACCGUGUGACAGCGAGGUUAUCCUCUGCAUCCUCCUUCAUUUCGGAUUUAUCAGGGAGAGCAAUGAGAAAGCCACGGCACAUGACUGACAAGACACUGAAGGGGCAAGUGAUCUCUGCCGAGUCCUGAGGGGCCCCCCGAGCUCACGGCAUUGCAGCUGAUUAAUAUGUAAACAAAACCCAUUAGUCCACGCGUGGUGCUCCUGGUUGUGGGAUACUUCUGAAGAGUCUCGUUGCAGUGGCUACACACAAAGAAUGGGCGUGAGUUGUCCCUGGAAAGAGAGCCCAGAGACUCUUGCUUCUUCAGCGCCAGCGAUCUGAGCGCUCAGUUCACAGUCGUGCGAGAGGCAGAGCGAGCACAGCAGCGGGAUGGAGAGCGCAGGAUUUACAACCGCAGUUGUCUGAAAAAACCCUCCCAACAUCGACUAAGACGCACAGGAGGGAGGGGAGUCACAGCCGGAGAGGGUCUGAGUGCGUCUGUGUGUCAGAGGGUGUUUGAGAGAGUGAGAGAGCAUCGCGGAUAGAGGAAGAAGAGAGAGAGAGAGAGAGCGCGAAGGGGGGAGAAGAGAGAAGGGAGCAAGUCUGGACCAGGUGAUCGAGUACUAACAAACCUCCAAGGGGCUGCCGGGUUGUAUCAGUGAGCACGGGAUCAGCGAUCCGACCAUGGUGCCCGCGCGCUGCCCGGGACCCUGUGCCAUGCUGGCUCUGACACUCCUCUUGGGAUGCGGCGUGGCUUCCUGCCUCGGCCAGAACGACACGGAGCCCAUCGUGCUCGAAGGGAAGUGUCUGGUGGUGUGCGACUCGAACCCUUCCUCGGACGGAGGGGUAACCUCCUCACUUGGCAUAUCAGUCCGCUCCGCUGGGGCAAAGGUGGCUUUUUCCGCCGUGCGUGGGACCAACCACGAGCCGUCAGAGAUGAGCAACACGUCCAUGACCAUCUACUUUGACCAGGUUUUAGUGAACAUCGGCAACCAUUUCGAUCUGAAGGCGAGCGUGUUCCAGGCUCCGAGGAGGGGGAUUUAUAGUUUCAGCUUUCACGUGGUGAAGGUCUACAACAGGCAAACCAUACAGGUGAACCUGAUGCAGAAUGACUACCCGGUUAUAUCAGCGUUCGCCGGUGACCAGGACGUCACGAGAGAGGCGGCCAGCAACGGAGUACUGCUGAUGGUGGAGCGGGAGGACCGCGUCUACCUGAAGCUGGAACGUGGCACCUUAAUGGGCGGAUGGAAAUACUCCACCUUCUCAGGCUUUCUGGUCUUUCCGCUAUAAUCUAAUCUGCGGUGCUGGGGGACCCUCUGCUUCUGUCGAAGGAACACACGAGAGAGAAAGAGAGAAAAAAAAAAUAGAAAAUACAAGAAAAACACGCCAUUUAUUUUUAACUUAAAUAAACUGUCAGCCAAGGAAAGCCGACGAAUAUCUGUAUACCUACACUCGUCCACUAUCUAGUCAAAUAUGAACGUUUUCCUUGGAGUUUCAUAUAUUCCGAAAAAAACAACAACAAAAAAAAUCCAUCAGUCAACUUUUACGCAACCCCUGGGAUGAUUCGACGUAUUGAUCGGCCAGUGGCUUCGUUGGGUAUGUGGAUUUUUUUCAUGCUUGGAAAAACAAAAAAAAACUUUUUUGCCAACAGACAAACGGGUGUGUACCUGGGCACAAACACCAGAAUGGACACGGGGAGAGAGAGAGAGAGGGAGAGAGGGAGAGAGAGAGUGAGAGAGCGAGAGAGAGAGAGGGAGGGAGGGAGAGAAGAGGACGAGAGGAGGAACUGAUGUCCUGGACAGGCCGAGUGUUGUUAUGCUCUGUUUUAUGUUUGUAUAGCCUUAAAGAAUAUAUGGUUUCCGUCCAAAGUGAAGUGUGUGGAAUUAUGGACAACCAGGAGAGGAAGGAGGAGAAGACGAAGAAGAAGUGCUUUCACGCCCAAGGCAAUUUUUUUUGCACGAGUGGAAGUUUUUACUUUAUGUUUUUUGUGCUGUCAAUGGUGUUGCGUUUGGAUGCUGAACAUAUUGAAAAUUAAGCCAAAUGUAGGCCGCCGACGAGUUUAUUUAAAAAGAGAAAAAAGGCGACAUAUUUCAGCCACCGGAGACGACUUAGAGCCCUUUUAUUAAAAAUGAAUAAUUAUAUAAUUUAUAUUAAAAAAAAAAGUACAUAUUCACAUUUAUUGUGUGUUCUACAUUUCGGAAUCUGCGUAGCUUUGACUGAUUUAAUGUUCAGUGACGUUGCUCACCAAAUGUACAUUGUGGAAAUACUAGAAGAAUCCCUAUAUGUCCCGCUUAAUAAAAGAUAUUGUAUUGUACUAUA